GCAAACAAAUCCCAACAGAGCCACAACACCAAACUCAGAUCGAAAAGCCACAAUGUACACCUGCCCUGCUCUGCUGCUGGCCUUGGUUUUUGCCUUCGGUCUCAGCCAAACCCAAGGAUACUCCCCCAGCGAGGAUGCCAGAAUUAUAGAGGAAUACAAGCGGGAGAUGGGCCUCAACCACGCCAAGAUCGCUCGGCAGUUGGUGCACCGCGCUAACUGGGCGGCGGUGGGCAGCAUUUCCACCAACAAAAUUGUGGAGAGCUAUCCCAUGGUCAACAUUGUGUCGGUCGAUGACAGCGACGCCAAUGGCAACUCCACGGGCAAGAUACGCUUCCUGCUCACCGACCUGGACUUUACGGGUCCCGACUGGGAGAAGAACAACAAAGUGACGCUGAUGUUCAGCGAAGAGCAGACUCUGCACUGCAAGGAUAACGGCAAGGAUCCCAUGGAGCCCACUUGUGCCCGCUCCAUGAUCAGUGGCCAGGUGCAGAGGUUCGAUACGAGGGAUAGCAGCUACAAGCCAGCGCUGGACGCGUACAUCAAACGGCAUCCCGCAGCACUCAACUGGAUAAAGGCUCACAACUUCUAUCUGUGCGAGCUGAUCAUUCGCAAUAUCUUUGUGCUGGACUUCUAUGGUGGCCCACAUCAGGUCACUUCCUCUGACUAUUACGCCAUUCAAUUGUGAUUACUCCCCACCAGUACCUGACGAUACGCUAAGGAAACAACUUGAUGCCUCAAUUCUUCUUUGUUCUUUUGGGCAUUCCCACAACAAAUUGCAUGAUAAGCUAAUU